AUGUCUGUGUUUUUCAUUAGUCUCAUAAUCAGAGGUGAUAAAGACGAGCAUGCAGUUCUGUGCAAUGAAGACGAGACGUACGACUUGAAAAUCGCAGACACGUCAAAUCUGCUGCUGUUUGUACCCGGAUGUAAAACUCCAGAUCAGCUGCCUGACAUCUCAGCAUCUCCUCAACUCGUGCAUGCACAGAUUUGGGGUUUUUCAAAUUGUUACUGGGAGCUGAGAAGGCAGAGGCCAAGGUUAAAGAAGCUGAAGAAACUUCUCAUGGAGAAUCCAUAUGAUGGUCCAGCGGUGGGCAUGCAGGAGGAGGCGCCAGGACCGAAGUACACUAUGGAUGACCUUCUUGAAAGAAUACAAGCAAGCAGAGAAGAAAUCGAGGCGCAUCUUCAAAAUGUCCAUGCUUGUGAAAUUGACGGAUUUUGGAGGAUCCUGGAUUUUGAUUAUGAGAUGAAGCUCCUGGGUCAUGUGACCCAGCUGGUGGACUCAGAGUCUUGGUCUUUCAGCAAAGUUCCUCUCAGUGUUUGUCUGGAAGAACUAGGAUCCCUUGAGCCAAAAUCCAUGAUAGAACACUGUCUGAACUGUUACGGAAGACGCUACAGUAAUGAAGAUGGACAGGUGAUAUAUGCACUGGAUGAGGACAAAGUAUGUAGAGCCACAGCUCAGCUGCUCUUGCAAAACGCUGUGAAGUUCAAUUUGUCAGAGUUCCAGGAGGUUUGGCAGCAGAGCGUUCCUGAGGGAAUGAGCGCUAGACUGGAUCAGCUCCGGGGUUUAGCUCUGUUAGAUCGAAGCUCUAAACCAGAGACCAUCUCACUGCUGCGGAUAGAAGAUCUGCCUGAGGAUACGUUGGAGCGAUUCAACAGCCUCUUCAGCCUGAGAGAAAAAUGGACACAAGAUGACAUUGAACCCUACAUACAAGAUCUCUGUGGAGAGAAGCAGACCACUGGAGCUCUCCUGACCAAACAUGCACGUUCAUCUGUGCAAAAUGGUGUGAAGGUCUACAAUUCAAGAAGACCCAUUGCAACUUAA